CUCUCUCUCUCCCCACUUUACCCCUGUCCCAAACCCUUUAAAUCUGGCACCAUCCCAUCCCUCAUAUCAUUAACUUGCUCUUCGAAUCCAAAUUGUUUGAUUAAGAUUUAAAUCUUCUUCCCAAGCAGGGGAUCCAAACAAGAAAUUGAUAAGAGAUGGAAGAAGGGCAACAGUUAGAAAGAUGGGAAGGCUAUGUAGACUGGAAGAACAAACCAGCUUUGAGAGGCCACCAUGGUGGCAUGCUUGCUGCCUCCUUUGUUUUAGUGGUGGAGGUAUUGGAGAACCUGGCAUACCUGGCCAAUGCAAGCAAUCUGGUCCUUUACCUGUCCAUGUUCAUGCACUUGUCACCCUCCUUCUCAGCAAACAUGGUCACCAAUUUCAUGGGGACAGCCUUCCUUCUAGCUCUCCUUGGUGGUUUCUUGUCUGAUGCUUUCUUCACUACUUAUCACAUCUAUUUGAUGAGUGCAGUUAUAGAGUUCCUGGGGCUAAUAAUACUCACAGUGCAAGCUCGCACACCGUCUCUGAUGCCACCAACCUGCGACACGACCAACCCGAACAUUCCAUGCCAACAAGUAUCGGAUGGCAAGGAGGCUAUGCUGUUUCUGGGGCUUUACCUGGUGGCACUGGGAGUUGGAGGAAUUAAAGGAUCACUACCUUCACACGGUGCUGAGCAAUUCGACGAGGCCACCCCGCAGGGACGGAACCAGAGAUCCACAUUCUUCAACUACUUCGUCUUCUGCCUCUCCUGUGGCGCUCUCAUUGCUGUCACUUUCGUUGUCUGGAUUGAAGACAACAAAGGCUGGGUAUGGGGUUUUGGCGUCUCCACUAUUGCCAUAUUCCUCUCCAUUCCCGUCUUCCUCUCUGGUUCAACCACUUACCGCAACAAAAUCCCUGCUGGAAGUCCUCUUACUACCAUAUUCAAGGUCUUGACAGCAGCAAUGUGCAAUGGUCAAUGCUUAACAAAGGGCCCAAGCAACGCCAUCGCAAACAUGGUGACAAGUCCUCCCUACAAAACCCAAGAUGAUGGGUUGAAAGAGAAGUUUGAUGAUCAGAAAUUUAAAACUCAAACCCCAACCCAAACCUUCAAGUUCCUUAACAGAGCUGUUGAAAACAAUCCCAUCCACCCAUCACUAGAAUGCACCGUGGAGGAUGUUGAAGCUGUCAAAAUAGUCAUCCGUGUUCUUCCAAUCUUUGCUUGCACCAUCAUGCUCAACUGCUGCCUUGCACAGCUCUCUACCUUUUCUGUCCAACAAGCAGCCACCAUGAACACCAAGCUUGGCUCCUUGAAGAUCCCUCCAGCUUCGCUUCCAGUCUUCCCAGUCCUCUUUAUCAUGUUCCUAGCACCCAUCUAUGAUCAUGUCAUCAUUCCAUUCGCAAGAAGAAUAACAAAAACAGAGAUGGGAAUAUCUCACCUGCAACGGAUCGGUAUAGGAUUGGUUCUCUCUAUUGUGGCAAUGGUGACGGCAGCUUUGGUGGAGAUCAAGCGGAAGAGGGUGGCUACACACUCAGGGCUGAUUGACUCUGGAGAACCUUUACCUCUCACAUUAUUUUGGAUUGCUCUGCAAUACUUGUUCCUUGGAUCUGCAGAUCUGUUCACAUUGGCCGGUCUGCUGGAAUUCUUCUUCACCGAAGCACCUUCAAGCAUGAGAUCUUUGGCCACAGCCCUCUCCUGGGCAUCGUUGGCCAUGGGUUACUACCUCAGUUCAGUGUUGGUAUCGAUAGUCAACAGUGUCACUGGUAUCUCGCAUCACAAACCAUGGCUACAAGGUACCAACUUGAAUCAUUACCACCUUGAACGGUUCUACUGGAUGUUGUGCGUGCUGAGUGGAUUGAAUUUCUUGCACUAUCUCUUCUGGGCAAACAGCUACAAGUACAGAUCAACAAAACCUGGUUACUAGGAGAUUCAGAGCUGCACAAAAUGAGAUGUGGAGCACCUUCAGAGAUGGCUUAUCCAUGUCAACAACCUCAUCUGCGGUAAAUAUGCUUGAUGAUGCAUCUGGGUCUUACUUGGCUCUGCCAUUAAGAGAGAAAAAAAAAUCCAAUACCGGUUUAUUAUUUCUGAAAUAGUUCACUAGUUAGGCUGGUUCACCCUCUCCCUGUAUUCUAGGCUUUAUCCUAGAACAAAUCUUGGUUGAGAACGGUUCUUUUUGUUUUGUCAAAAAUCUAGUAUUUAAUGAUGAUUCAUGGGAAUUAUUCUUGUCA